UCGCGAGUAAUACCACAACCUUGCAGAUUAAGAUAACCAUUUAACACCGACCAUCCAACUCUGUUAGAUCAAGCUUAAAAUGUGGGGAUGAUGCACAAUACAGUCAUAACUAUACAUUAUAGCAAAUUCCAGUAUAAGUAUCAAACUAAUCUGGCUGAGCACAGUAACUAUAGUUGCGAGAAUCCAACCGUAUAAUUCACUGAUAACAGAAAGCUGUUUUGACAUUGUUAUUGUUUUAAACAGUACUAGUAUACUACAUACAAUUGAUUAUGAUUAUUGAGGCUUGAUGAUAUGACAAAGCUCAGUGGGUAGUGAAAUUGCCUCUAGAACGGAUCGACCGGAGAAUUUUGCGACGACAUGUGGAUCGCCCUGCUGGGGACCCCGAUUUUGUUGGCGGUCCUGGCGCUUCUUCUAAAACAAAUUAACAAAACCUACUUUAUACUUUCAUUAUCGAAACGAGUGCGAACCGAGGAUGGCAGUCCGUUGGAGAGCAAAGUGGCCAUAAUACCGGGAAAAACGCGAUUUGGCAAUAACUUGGAUAUUCUCAACUUUACGCCGUCCAGUGUUUUUAAUUUUGUGCGAGAGUCCACCGCCAAGGCCAAGGGUCAGAACUAUCUGUGGCAUUUUCUAUAUGCACCCAUGUAUAAUGUGGUUAGGCCCGAGGAAGCUGAAGAGAUAUUCCAGAGCACCAAACUGAUAACCAAGAAUGUGGUUUACGAACUGAUUAGACCGUUUCUGGGAGACGGACUGCUGAUAAGCACAGAUCACAAAUGGCACUCCAGACGAAAGGCUUUAACGCCGGCCUUCCACUUCAAUGUCCUGCAGACCUUCUUGGGUGUUUUCAAGGAAGAGUGCAAAAAGUUUCUGGACGUUUUAGAGACACAUUUAGACGCUGAACUGGAGCUUAACCACGUUAUUCCACCAUUCACUUUGAAUAAUAUAUGCGAAACUGCUCUGGGUGUAAAACUGGAUGACAUGUCGGAGGGCAACGAGUAUAGAAAGGCCAUCCAUGCCAUCGAGGAAGUUCUAAUUCAACGCGUGUGCAAUCCGCUUAUGUACUACAAUUGGUAUUUCUUCCUUUACGGCGACUACAGAAAGCAUGUGCACAACCUGCGGAUAGUUCACGACUUCUCAAGUCGCAUUAUCGAACGCAAAAGGCAGCAAUUCCGGCAGAAGCAACUUGGAGAAGUGGAUGAAUUCGGCAGGAAGCAGCGAUACGCCAUGCUGGAUACCCUGUUAGCAGCCGAAGCAGAGGGUCAGAUCGAUCACCAGGGUAUCUGCGAUGAGGUCAAUACCUUCAUGUUCGAGGGAUACGAUACCACCUCCACGUGCCUAAUAUUCACCCUGCUGAUGCUGGCCCUCCAUGAGGAUGUGCAGAAGAAGUGCUAUGAGGAGGUGGAAGGUCUUCCCGAGGACAGCGACGACAUCAGUGUGUUUCAGUUCAACGAGCUAGUCUACUUGGAGUGCGUGAUCAAGGAAUCGCUGAGGAUGUUUCCAUCCGUCCCAUUUAUUGGGCGCCAAUGUGUGGAGGAGUGUGUGGUGAAUGGAAUGGUGAUGCCAAAGGACACACAGAUCAGCAUCCACAUAUACGACAUCAUGAGGGAUCCGCGUCAUUUCCCGAAACCAGAUCUCUUCCAGCCCGAGCGUUUUCUCGCAGAGAACACUGUGAAUCGCCAUCCCUUUGCCUUUGUGCCUUUUAGUGCAGGCCAGCGGAAUUGCAUUGGCCAGAAGUUUGCCAUUCUGGAGAUGAAGGUGCUCCUGGCCGCUGUGGUCAGGAACUUUAGGCUUCUGCCCGCCACUCAGUUGGAGGAUCUUACUUUUGAGAACGGAAUUGUACUGCGCACGCAGCAGAAUAUCAAAGUGAAGCUAUCGAAAAGGGUCAAGUGAGGAAUAUUUCUUAGUGUUAUUUAGGGGAAAACUGUUUGAAAAGAGCUUUUAUUUGUAAUACGGUUAUAGAGACAAAGAAACCGGUAAUACUGUUACAACUCUGAAAAGAACGAUCGCUUGUCGAAUACACCCAAACGUACUAUUAUUUUAUAUAUUGGAUAAAGCAGAUCCUAACAUGUUAUUAAUUUAAUUAGCUCGUUCGCCACAAUCACGAACGUUUAAAUUAAUUGCUGGCUGUCUUUUAUAUAGAGGAUACUUACAUUUUUUUACAAUAAAUCUUCAAAGCUGCAUUGUAAAACUAC